UAUGUUUCACUGUGGAGAGUUAAUUCCACAGGUGUAAUUUUCAGACACCUGACAAUAGCCAACUCCUUGGUCAUCCUCUCUAAAGGAGUACUCCAAACAAUGGCAGCUUUUGGGAUGAAUUUUUCCCUCAGUGAUGUUGAGUGCAAACUUGUUUUCUAUGUCCACAGAGUGGGCAGGGGUGUCUCCAUCAACACCACCUCCCUUUUGAGUGUCUUCCAGGUGAUCAUAAUCAAUCCCAGGAACUCCAGGUAUGCAGAGUUUAAAGCAAAAGCUCUGAAGUACAUGGACCUCUCCAAUAUCCUCUGCUGGAUCCUGCACAUGAUGCUAAAUAUUAUGGUGCCGAUGAAAAUGACUGGUCAAUGGAGCAAUAAAAACAUCACAAGGAGAGAUUAUGGAUUCUGUUAUGCUGAAGAUCAUAACAAUGUCAUAGAAUACUUACUGUAUACAAUUUUGUUAUUAUUUCCUGAUGUUUUCUGCCUGGUGCUUAUGUUGUGGGCCAGUAGCUCCAUGAUAUUUAUCUUGCACAGGCACAGACAGCAGGUCCAACACAUUCACAGGACCAGUGUUUCAUGCAAAUCAGCUCCUGAGACCAGAGCCACUCAAAACACCCUCGUUCUGGUGAGCACUUUUGUGUCUUUUACACUCUUUCCUCCUGGUGUUGAUACUCAUAACUUAAACGAUGGGUUAUCUCAGUGGUCUGAAAAUUGGAAGGAACUGGGGAGAACUUCUCAGGAGAUCAGAGAACCCAGUGAGCCUCAGGUGCUCCACCAGCAGCUGCUCAACUGCCAGGUAACAGGACAUGCCGACUUCUGUGUCAGCCCCAGUCUCCCACCAGGGAUCCAGGAAGAAGAAACAAUCCCAUCCAAGCACUCAAGCGGUCUCUUGAGAGAUACUCACUUGGAAUUCAUGAUUGUUUCUGGUGACUAG